AUGACUUCUCAUCCGCUGAAAUCACUGCUUCAGUUACAAUUAGCCUCGGACGCGUCUUCUGUUUUGCACCUGUCAUCUGUGCUGUCAACUCUAUCAGAGGACUCUUUGUGUCCUUCCCCUCAUCUUCAGAAAUGGACAUCCCGUGUGACUUCCUUGAUUCAUUCAAAAGACGCUGGAGCUCGAUGGGCUGGCAUGUGCAUCGCAUACCGUACUUCAUCGCUAUCAAAGUCUACGAUGACAGAGUGUGCGCAGAGCUGGGCAGGCCUCGCGCUUUCCAUCCUUACAAAACCUGAACCUCUGCCGCUGCUCAAGGCUUCAAUAAGAUAUCUUCGUCAUGUGCUCAGCGCAGUAACCGACGUGCCAGAGCUUCAAAGGCAACUUGCCACUCCGACCGUUCCAAAAUUUAGCCAGGCGCUGGUAUAUAUCGUCGAAAAGGCUGCAGAUUAUGAGCUUAAAGCUCUAGCAAUGGACACAUUGAAGGACAUGGUUGUUCUGUAUCCUUCAUUGAAUCGAGCCUCGAGUUCCUCAAUCACAAAAAUGUGUCACCAAAUCCUGAAUGGCUCUGCACCACAACGCACGAAUAAAUUGUUGCUGCAUAACGCAGCAAACGUAUAUGCUGUUCUUCAUUAUACCGGAGGCAAGGUUGGGGCAGCAAACCUGUGGAAGAAAUCUGUAGACGAGACCCUUCAAUGUCUCUGGGCUGCGUCGAUAGGUCUCAGAUCUACAUUUCCAGUGAACAACAGCCCCCUGCCCUCCAGUGAACUAUUAUGCGAUGAUCCAGUGUUAGCUGUCACCCUCAAUCUCGACCGAUUGCAAUGCAGCGUUGCUGCGCUUUGCAGUUUGCUGAGGACGACCGUUCAAAGACCAGUCCAAGUGCCUAUAGGACGUAUAAUGGAGUUCUGUCUAUUCCUGCUAGCUUGUACCAUUGAUGAAGAGAAAGACGGCCACGUUGACGCAACAUUCAGAGCCUUGGAGCUUGCUAUUGUGCCUGAGCUACAGAGUUCUGCAUGCGACCUGCUCUGUUGCCUGGCGAAAACCAUUCAGCAUCGACUGACACCGUACGUGUCUCGGCUGGUCGUUAUGAUAACAUAUCAUCUCGAACAAAACCCUCUACCAGAGCAACGAUGUCGGCUGCUCAAAUGCAUCCAAACUUUACUGAGCAAUAGCUUCUCCCCCAGCAGCGAACUUAGCUCCACGAGGCUCGUCAAAGCCAUCAUGCUUUCUCUCAUGCCAUUGCUUUCAACUAAGUCUGAUGCACGCGUAGGCGAAACGAGUUCUGUACAAAGCAAAAAAGGCAGGAAACGCAGACGAGAUUAUGAAGGAGACGAGGUGUUUAAACUAUCAAAAGACGUCAUUUGUUCGUCGAUCGCCGAGGGAGCGGUCAUUAUCUGUGCCCUAGACGCACUGCAAGUUAUAAUGCGAGGCGCUGAAUUGCAACCAGCCAUUCGCUCUCUGGCCUGCCGUGUCCUCUUGUCCUUGUCACUGUCCUUGACAGCCAUGUCCCGUUCCUCUUUGUCUCAAGACGUUCAUCUGCACGGUUUAGUAUACGCAAAAGUGAACGGAAUGUGUCUAGAGCUCGCUCGAGGGACGACGAGCGCGAUGAGCAGAAGCCUUAGCUUGGUCCUCAGAUCAACUGUGACGGAAGGCAAUGAACAUACCAUGCAAACAAAACUACAAUUACAACAAGAAGUUGACCUUCUUCUUCAUCCUCGCGGUCCACCAUUAGUCCGCCCGCUGCCUCAUGUGGAAGCGCUAUCUCUAUUCCGCGCCGAGGAAAGCAACGAGGAGCUCGCUGCUCGUACAUCAUUUGCCUUGGCUACAACAUAUGAUGCAAACACUAUGGAUGUCGCGGCAGACCCUAUCGUGGUGACCCCGACACCUCAAUCAACUCAACCCGUACUGCCACAUUUACCUAUGCCAACACCCAAAACAGCAGCUCCUGCACCAAUAUCGAUAUCAUCUCCGGUGCCGGCCAGUCAAAAAAUAAUGUCUGAGAUCGCGGAAGAACCAAAAAAAGAUUCUGCCGACGUCCCUUCAGCGAUACCAAGUCAACAACCAACAAAAUCUCUGCUGUCGUCAUCUUCCAGUCAAGAACCUCGGUUUAUCCCAGUGGCGGUGGACGAUGACGAGGAAGAGGAAGUAAUGCCGACUAUUGAUAUGGAGUCGGACUCAGAUGGUUGA